AUGUCAUUCAAAAAUGUGGAAACACCCCACUGUCCUCGUUGCGAUCAUGCAGCUUUCCAUGCGGAAUCGAUUCCAGUCGCAGGAAAAAUGUGGCACAAAAUUUGCUUUCGAUGUGGACUUUGUAAGAAAAUGUUAGAAGUGACGAAUGUUGCUGAACAUGACGGAGAUAUCUUUUGUAAACAAUGUUACACAAGAAAAUUCGGUAUUCGCGGUGUCGGUUUUGGAAUUGGAGCUGGUGCAUUAGGCAUGGAUAGUGGUGAACGAUUUGGAAACACUCAAUCUCAGUUAAAUAAAAUCAAUUUUCCUCCAUUACCUAAUUUACCACAAAAUUAA